GGGGGGGGGGGGUGGCGGGGGUGUCCCGGCGGCCGGGCCCGGGAGCAUGAAGGUGAAGGUGAUCUCGGUGCUGGAGGACAACUACAUGUACCUGGUCAUCGAGGAGCGCACCCGCGACGCCGUGGCCGUGGACGCCGCCGUGCCCAAAAGGCUGCUGGAGAUCGUCAGGAGGGAGGACGUGGUGCUGCGAGCCGUCCUCACCACCCACCACCACUGGGACCAUGCGCGGGGCAAUGAGGAGCUGGCGAGGCUCUGCCCCGGCUUGCGGGUGUACGGCGCCGAUGAGCGGAUCGGGGCCCUGACGCACAAGGUGGCCCCCGACGAGGAGCUGACGUUCGGGGCCAUCCGCGUGAGGUGCCUCUUCACCCCCUGCCACACCUCGGGCCACAUGUGCUACUUCAUGUGGGAGGACGGCUCCCCGGAUGCGCCGGCUCUCUUCUCAGGUGACACCCUGUUUGUGGGAGGCUGCGGGAAGUUCUUCGAGGGGACGGCGGAGCAGAUGUACACCAACCUCACCCAAGUGCUGGGGGCGCUGCCGAAGGAGACGAAGGUGUUCUGCGGCCACGAGUGCACUGUCCGAAACCUCAAGUUUGCCUUAAAAGUGGAACCGGAGAACGAAGUAGUGAAGAAGAAACUUGCGUGGGCCAAACAGCGGGAUGACGAGGACUUGCCCACGGUGCCCUCCACGCUGCAGGAGGAGUUCCUCUACAACCCCUUCCUGCGGGUCACGGAGGAGGCCGUGCAGAAGUUCACGGGCAAGACGGAGCCGGUGGAGGUGCUGAGGGCUCUCCGCACCGAGAAGGAUAACUUCAAGAAGCCCAAGGAGCGGCCCCAUCCCCAGGCCGUGCUGGCCUUCGACUGGGGACUUUUCGGCCCCUUUCUGGAGAAGAAGUGAGCCGCGGCUGCAGCAGGCGGCUCCCUGGUGUGGCCACGGGCACGGCCACCAAAAUGCAGCGUCCUGGUGGUGGCAGGGGCCUCGCCAGGGCAUCCCCGUGCCCUGGUCAGGCCCCGGGCAGGGAUGGGUGCGAGGCCCUGGGGACACGCAGGAGGAGCUGCCCCAGGCUCCCAGCGGCCAGGGGACGGGCGUCGAGCUGGAGGUCAGCAGCAGCCGCUGGACUUCAGAGCUGGGCUGACAGAAACCCUGCCUGCCUUGUGCUUUGUGUAUUUUUUUCCCUUUUUUACUUUCUGGUUUUUAGUAGGCAAUGUAGGAGAUCGGGUAGGGGUUUCUAAGGCAAUUGCUGACUUAUCGGAGCCAUCCAAAUUGCUUAAACCUUGCAGGAUACAUCCAGGUGGAGCUCAGGUGCGGAGGAGAGCAUGCUCUCAUCCACUCUGUACAGUGCUUUUCAGGGUGGGAGAGCUUUUAGGCAGCAAGCAACAACAUGCUGCUAUGGAUCCGUUACAUUUUUUUCCCCAAGAUAGAAUACUGGAAAAAUACUGGAUGAACUUCACACAUACCUCGCCUUUCCUCUGGAAUAAGAGUGAGGGAGCAGCUGGGUCUUGUAUGCCUCUUGAGCUUGCGGCCCUCAUUGUUCAGUUUGUGCGGAAUCAGUUUGUGCA